AUGUCAGGCCAUUCUAAGAGUCGCGCAGCAGCAGGUGUCCUGCCUGUGAAUGCUGCGACUAGGAAAAAUGCAUCCGCCCAGUCUGCGUCGAAAUCGGGCCCAAGAACACCAGCACCAAGGCUGAGGCUGAUCGUCCGACGCUUGCCCCCUGGACUCACAGAGGCCGAGUUCUGGACCAGUCUGGGCGACGACUGGAAAGUCGGCAAUGGCAAAGUUGAGUGGGCGGCUUACAAAGACGGGAAGGUCUCUAAAGAUCCUGCGAAACCGUCGAGACCAGCCAGAGCUUAUCUCAAAGUCAAGGAACAGUCACUGUUGGAUUUGUUGUCUAAAGCAGUGAAGGAAUCAUCGUUUCAGGAUGCUAAAAACACUAGCAAGGAUCCUUGUCUCCUGGGACCACCAUCUCUCGAGUUUGCACCAUACAACAAGAUUCCCGUUCCUCGCGUUCGACAUGAUGGUAGACAAGGAACCAUCGACCAAGAUCAAGAGUUCAUCGAUUUCCUGCAAAGCCUGACUGAGCCGAUCAACAAACCAGCGUCGAAUGGAGCCGAAGCUGCCGACGUCAAAGCCGACACGAUUACUAUCACUCCACUGGUCCAAUAUAUCAAAGAGAAGAAGGCCAACAAGGCCAAAGAAGCUGCCCAAGCCAAAGCAGCCAAGCGCGAAAGCAAGGAGGCGAAGCCCACUAAGAGUGAGCGCACGCCGACAGUUAUCAUCAAGGGCAAAAAUACCCCCAACGCCACGGAGAAGGAAAAGGAGCGAGUAGCGAAAGCAACACAGGACGCUGUGAAGGCUGCCAAUAAAUCCGCGGCCGCCAUGCAAGGAAAGCAGACAGCAUCAGCCAAAAACGAGAGCAAACAGACUUCGGUAAAGGAGACUCGCCCACAGUCUCCAGCAGCCACCGCAGCAGCCGGAACAUCAACACCAGCCCCCACAUCAGCGAAACGAGAGCGAAAUCGAGAGCGGGACAGUGGAAGGGCUGCUGCCCGCAUGCUGCAGCGGGAUCUGGGGCUGUUAGCCAGAGAAAAUACCUCGCAACGCUCUCCAAAGACUCCAUCCUCGAGUACAGCUCCGGCAAAUGACACGGUGACUUCACCGUCAACAGCAAAAGCGUCGACACCUGCCACUGCUUCCAAGUCCUCCGAACUAUCGACAGAACAAUCUAAAUCGUCGACCGCAGCUACGACCACCACUCCUGCGGCCCCUCCAACCGGUCCACGUGCUUCCCGGGCUCCAAAUGCGACGCCCACGAAGUCGGAACCACCCAGCACACCAUCAACGGCUUCGGCUCGACCACAAUCCGGUCAACGUCAGUCCAAAACCUCGUCUUCUCAACAGCCCACUGCGGGGGCGAAGUCUGCAUUUCUCAAGCACGCAAACCAGUCUCAGGGUAUCACGGAGGAACUUCUGCAACAAGUCUUCAAGGAGUUUGGAGCGAUUACCCGUUGUGAGAUUGACAAGAAAAAGGGGUUAGGUUACGUCGACUUUCAAGAGCCCGAGGCGUUGAAGAAAGCCAUGGCGGCGAGCCCAGUCAAGGUUGCGCAGGGCCAAGUCGUGGUGCUGGAGAACAAGUCCCAUCAUGGCCAACAUGGCAAGCGCGGCGGUGGCGGCGGCGGUCAAAACCAAGCACCAUCUGGGCAGGCAAAAGCAGGGGCUGCAUCAUCCCCUGCUGCGGCUCCCGCGGCUGCAAACUCGCCCAAGCCAGCUGCUGCAGCGAAGACUGCCACCACUUCACAGACGCCCGCCGCUGCUGAAGCUCCGGCCGCUGUGACCGGCACAGCUUCAUCGUCUGCCUCUGCGCCAACCACACCAACUUCAGCAACCCCACCCACUGCACCGCGGGGAAACGCUAGAGGCGGUGGUGGAAGCGGUGGUCGCACGGGUGCCCGUGGGAAUAACAGUGGGGGAAGGAAAGAAGGAGCCCGUGGUGGCGGAGGGUCAGGUCAAGGUCAAGGCCAAGGUCAGGGUCAAGGUCAAGGCAGUGGGAGACAAGGGUAUCGUGGUGGAAGAGGAACCUUUGGAGGUGGUAAACGUGGCGCAGGAGGCCAAGGAAACGCAAAUACCACAGCUGGCGCUGGCGCUGGCGCUGCUGCUGCCACAGGGGCCACCGGCGCAACGGGAGGCGCAGGAGCUGCAGAGGCUACUACUCCCAGCGUUCAAUCGACACCAGCGGGCAAGGAAGAUGGGAAGAAAGAUUGA